GAUCUUUAUGAUUUCCUUCCUUGCACGAGCUUUACGUUUGGAUUGUUCCUUUUUCCUAGGACUUGGUAGUGCAUCAUCAGCUUACUUGGUCGGGCUCAUUCUGACCCCAGCUCUAAACUUCCUCCUUAGAACUGCUUUCAUUGUGUCCCAGAGGUUCCCGGUCGUUGUGCUGGCAUUAUUGUUUGAUUCUGUGAGCUAAUUUCUUCCUUGAUUUCUUCUGUGACGGUUGAUUAUUCAGGAGGGUAUCGUUUAAUUUCCAUGCCUUUUCCUUAGACAGGGUGUCGUUCAGUUGUCCAGGCUGGUCCUGCGCUCAGGUGAUCUGCCUCAGGCUCCUGAAUAGCUGAGACAGCAGGUGUGAAAAUCACAAAUGUCGCGCAAUGAUGGAAGAUCCAGGAGACGGGUAGAUGAGGUCCCAAGGGAGCCGCCCAGCCCCAGCGUCCCGGACUCCUUCCAGAGUUUCCAGGACAGCGAGCUGCAGCUGGCUGUGAGCGCCGAUCCCCUGCCGCCGCCGCCUCUCCCGGCCCAGCCUCCGUUCGGCCCGGCCUUCCCCUCGGGCGACGCGGAAGAGCCGGAGCCCGCCCCGGCGCCGCCGGAGCUCAAGCCGGUGCGCCGCUUCAUCCCCGACUCCUGGAAGGACUUCUUCCGGGGGAAGCGCGCGGCGCCGGGCCUGGGCUACAUCUCCGCGGGCGUGGAGUGCUCGCCGCCGAGCUCCCCCGCGCCGUCCGGGUCGGGCCGCGAGGCCAGGGCGGCCGCCGAGCGCGGCGCGGGCGCGAGCUCCGCCUACCGCGAGCAGGUGGAGCGGUACCACCUGCGCUACGCCUACAUGAAGUCCUGGGCCGGCCUGCUGCGGCUGCUGGGCGCCGUGCAGCUGCUGCUGGGCGCCGCGGUGUUCGCGUGCGUCACCGCCUACGUGCACAAGGACAGCGAGUGGUACAACCUGUUCGGGCUCGCGCUGCCCUACGCCGCGCCGGGGCUGGGCGGCGCCUACGGCGGCGGCUACCAGUACUCGGGCCCGCGGACCCCGUUUGUGCUGGUGGCGGCCGGCCUGGCCUGGAUCGCCACGCUCAUCGUGCUGGUGCUCGGCCUGUCGCUGUACUACCGCACCAUCCUCCUGGACUCCGACUGGUGGCCGCUCACCGAGUUCGCCAUCAACGUGGCCCUCUUCGUGCUCUACAUGGCCGCGGCCGUGGUCUACGUGAACGACACCAACCGCGGGGGGCUCUGCUACUACCCGGUCUUAAACAUGCCCCUGAACGCGGGCCUCUGCCGCGUGGAGAGCGGGCAGGUGGCGGCCAUGAUCUUCCUGUUCGCCACCAUGCUCACGUACCUCGUGAGCGCGCUCGUCAGCCUCAAGCUGUGGCGGCACGAGGCGGCGCGCAGGCACCGCGAGCGCGCGGAGCAGGCGGAGAUCUGCGAAUCAUCAGUGCCAUUGAAAAGGAGAACGUGUGAAAUGGUCACCAGUGACAGACAGAGAGACCCAGAAGUUUAUUUCAAACAAUGGAGAACAAAAUCGAUCCCCCCGGGCCACAUUCCGAAACCCAUUGUGAUGCCUGACUACGUGGCAAAAUACCCUGUGAUUCAGACAGAUGACGAACGAGAGCGCUACAAAGCCGUGUUCCAGGACCAGUUUUCAGAGUACAAGGAGCUGUCUGCGGACGUCCAUGCUGUCCUGAGGAAGCUGGACAAGCUGGAUGCCAUGAUGAGCAGGCUGCCACAUCGCUCGGAAAACCUGCAGGAACAUGAAAGAAUUUCCAGAAUCCAUGAAGAAUUUAGGAGGAAGAAGAACGAUCCUUCAUUUCUGGAAAAAAAAGAACGCUGUGAUUACCUCAAGAGUAAACUUUCCCACAUAAAGCAAAGAAUUCAGGACUAUGACAAAGUAAUGAACUGGGACGUACAAAGUUAUACUUAAGCCUUACUUGAAACUACUUUUUUUGUAGUCAACUUACUAUUUAUUUACUGCCUUUUUUUAUGCCAGACUCUCUGGUAGAGAAGCUAGUCGUCCUGAAUCGGCUCCUAGUUGGCUCAUCCAGUAGGCAGCGUUGAUGACUGUGAUUUCACGCAAACAUUUCAAAACAGACCGGAACCGCCGAGGCCCUUCACUAAAAAUGGGAGAAGCCUGGAUUCAUCUGUGCACUUUCCUGUUGGUCUGUCUCAUACAUUGCCUGCUGGGCGUGGUGGCGCGCGCCUGUAAUCCCAGCACUUGGGAGGCUGAGGCAGGAAGAUUGCUGUGUGUCUCAG